GUCUUAAUACACGUAAAAAUACAGCCAUAGGACUGGCUGAGCAGCAAACAAAACGGAAUUACGGCGCCCGGCCUGCGAGAGCGGUGCAAACGGUGCUCAUCCACCAUCGGGUCGUAAAAUGUCUAGGGAUAUGCCGUGUUUGAAGGUGUAGAUAGAUAAGUGUGCGUACAUGGUAUGUAUGUAUGUACAUACAUGCCGUGAACCAAAGUGUCGUGUCUAUCCUGUGGUGGUAGUAACGCUAUGGAAUGAAACCACGGAAACCACAGACCACACUUCAGAGUUGAUUACAUCAAUUCGAAGAGUAACACAACCCACUGAUAGAAGAUGAGUUGAUCCCGGUGGUUCUGCUUAUAAAAACAGAAAUUAGAUCUGGCCAACUUUGAAGGGAAAAAUGAUUUUAGACCCUCAUUGAUAACUAGGGGCGAAUCCUCGCUGGAUUCAAGCUUGCAAAUAUGAUCGGAGGAUUGUAUGAUGGAGGUCCCACUUAUCAUUCCGUGGGCAGCGGACGAAUUGAGACAUUCCACUGGCGCUCGCACGUCAAACUCUCUAGAAUAAUCAUUCUGGUUCCAGUCAUUCUCUUCAUUGUGCCACUCUUUACGCAUUAUUAUCUAUCCAAGGUUGAGUCAGAUUCCCCGAAUAUCGACAUCCAUCGAACGAGAUCAAAACUCGAAGCGUUUGAGGAUUUCACAUCGAUGAAAGCAUCAGACCUUAAAUCCCGGAUUGAGGAGAUGAUGAGGAUAAAAAUAUCGGUCAGCAAUGAGCUUCGAGAUCUUGAGGCAAAGCGUCAACGUCUUCAGAUGGAAGUCAGUGGCUUUACGCAGCGAAUAGACGAGUUGAAGCAGGAACUUCUUCACCAACAGACUGACCUUGACAGGCUGAAAAUCAGCGUUGUUCAGGCUCAAGUCGCACAGCGAGAAGCCGUCGAGAGAAACACGCCAGAAUUGGCACCACCAAAAAGAAUGCUUGUCGACAGUUUGCCACCAAAAGUUCCGCCCAGCCAUCAUUUUCACUCGUGUCGUAUGCACAAUUGUUUCGAUCAUAGCCGAUGUGCAUUAACCAGCGGUUUUCCUGUCUUCCUCUAUGAUCCUGAUUUAUACUCUGUUGUUAAUCCUGCUUGGGAUGUUGACGGGUUUCUCAAAACUACCAUAAAGCAGACACUAGGCUACAAUCCACACUUAACAUCGAAUCCGGCAGAAGCUUGCGUCUAUAUCGUUCUAGUCGGUGAGGCUCUAUCCACAGAAGCUCAUGGCACUAAGUCGAGUCCUUUGGAUGUUGAUAAGCUGCAUUCCCUCCCCUAUUGGGGUGGCGAUGGAAGGAAUCAUAUCUUGCUGAAUCUCGCGCGACGGGAUCUUUCUGUCGGUUCAGGUAACAUAUUUGAUGAGCUAGACACAGGAAGAUCGAUGCUCGUCCAAUCGACGUUCCGACGUUCCCAAUUCCGGGACAAUUUCGACCUGAUUGUUCCGCCGAUCCUUGGGCCGCCAGGUGGCGACGUGUGGCAAGACUGCCCAUUGAUGUUGCCAGCACGUCGAAAAUACCUGUUGUCCUUCCAGGGAGAGAUGAAAUCUGCUUCGCGAUUCGCGACGACGCCGUUGGGCCAUUCAGACGACGCUGAUGCGGAUAACGAGUUGAACCUGGACGUGUUCAUAAUCCAGCACCUGCGUGAAAUGACGACCGGAAUGACCCUGGAUAAAUUCCUGAUUCAAUUCGAGUGUAUUCCAGCCUCGGACGAGCGAAAAUCGGUUGAAAUUGCUGAUUGGUCGUUGUGUGGAACUGACUCGUCGAGAAAAUCGAUCCUCAAGGAUUCGACCUUUGCCCUCAUCCUCGCGCCAAGUGACGCCGACUUCCUUUCUACAACUUUGAUGCAGGCCAGACUAUACGAGGCGCUCAGAGCCGGUGCGAUUCCAGUCAUCCUGGGCGGAGACCAGGUCCUGCUAAGCUACGGCGAAGUCGUCGCCUGGCGCAGGGCAGCUGUAUUUCUACCCAAGGCUAGAGUCACGGAGCUGCAUUUUUUGCUCCGCGCCAUUCCGGACAGUGACUUACUUGCUAUGCGAAGGCAGGGAAGAACCCUCUGGGAACGGUAUUUGGGCGUAGCUCAGGGCGCCGUCGACACUGUCGUCGCCGUCGUCAGGGACAGACUUGGAAUUCCUCCCCUUCCUGCCCCGCAGACGCCAAGUCCCAGCGUUUUCAACGAGAGCUUCAUUCCCCUCCGAGCUGACAAUAUUGUUGCUGAACCCGAGGCUGAGGAGAGCCUUGGACCUCUUGAACCUCCCUAUCCCUCCCCAUCUUUCAGGAGGAAUUACUCCACUUUUCUUACUCAAGGGCAUAUGAUUUGGAACGACUGGGCUGAUCCAUUCAAUCUUUAUCCUCAACUGCCUUACGACACGGUGCUUCCCAGUGACGCCAAGUUUAUUGGAUCCGAGGUCGGCUUUAGACCGAUUGGAAAAGGAGCAGGCGGAGCGGGUAAGGAGUUCAGCGAGUCACUGGGUGGAAAUCAUCCUAGAGAACAAUUUACAAUUGUUAUGCUAACAUACGAGAGAGAGCAGGUGCUUAUUAACGCCCUGGCUCGUCUUUAUGGUUUGCCGUAUUUGAACAAAGUUCUCGUCGUUUGGAAUAGUCCAAAACCGCCAAUGGAGGAUUUGAGGUGGCCAGAAAUCGGAGUGCCGAUUCACGUAAUCAAGGCUCUCAGAAACAGUUUAAACAACAGAUUUUUACCAUUUGACGCGAUCGAGACUGAAGCGGUUUUAUCAAUCGAUGACGACGCUCAUUUGCGACAUGACGAAAUAAUGUUCGGCUUCAGGGUUUGGAGAGAGCAUCGUGACAGAGUCGUUGGUUUUCCGGGUCGCUUUCACGCCUGGGAUCAGAAUUAUCACAACGCAUGGAAUUACAAUUCGAAUUACUCCUGCGAAUUGUCGAUGGUUUUGACCGGUGCCGCAUUCUUCCACAAACACUACACUUACCUCUAUACUCACUGGUUGCCUCAAGCUAUCAGGGAUAAAGUUGACGAAUAUAUGAACUGUGAAGACAUCGCGAUGAACUUUUUGGUAUCACAUAUCACGAGGAAACCGCCCGUCAAGGUUACUUCACGUUGGACGUUCAGGUGUCCCGGAUGUCCGGUUUCACUCUCCGAAGACGACACGCAUUUCCAAGAGCGUCAUAAGUGCAUAAACUUCUUUUCUCAGGUUUUUGGAUACAUGCCGCUUUUAAAUACUCAGUACAGAGCAGACUCGAUAUUAUUCAAGACUAGAAUACCGCAUGACAAGCAAAAGUGUUUUAAAUUUAUAUAAUAAAAAUGGACAGUUCAAGAUGAAAAAGGUAAUAUAAAUCUAUUUCAUCAUAAUCGGCAUCUAGUAUACAUAUGUAUUAGGGUGCUUCUUAUGUUGGUCAUGUUAGCAUUUCUUCGCACUCACCUCCUUAAAUGUAACCAACAUCUAUAGAAAAAGAUGUGGCUAAUUGUAAGCCUCCGAAUUUUUCCGGUAACUAACACGCUCCGCCAAGCAGUCGAAUUUUCGUAUUGAAAAAUUCAUGGAUCAAAUUUUUUUAAGAAAACUGGUUAUUACUUUAAAACUAUGUAUUGUUAUCAAAAAAUUUCCUUUGGCUAUUCUGUAGGAGAUUUAAGGCUCUGCAAAAAAAAAUCGCUUGUAAAAUUUUCGUAAAUCUAAUAUUUAUCACGUUAUUAGCGGCAAAAUGAAGGCAGUUCUUGAAAUGAACGAAUUGUUUCUAUGAUAUACAGCUUUGAAGCAAUAAACAGUUUUCUUGAAAAAACUUCAAUACAUGUAUUUUUCCAUGUAAAAAUUUGAUUGCUUGGCGGGGCGCGUUAGAGCUAUCGGAAAACUUUGGGGACUUAGUCAGAUUAUUUUCUGUAUAUGUUGAUUACUUGAGGGGGGUGAAUGCGAAGAAAUUCAGGCAUGACCAAAAUAAGCACCGCCCUAAUAUGUAUAUACAUAUAAGAAAGCAUAAAAAAUGAUUAAUUUAAUGAUCAAAUCAAACGGGAACUAUUAGCGUUAAUAACAGUAAAUUUCAUGUUAGUUAGAUUCUGUCUCACAUGAAAUGUACAUUUAUCCUUAGAAUACGAUGCAUUUUGGCUCGAAUCUUUGACACAAUGUUUUUUUUUUACUUUACUCAACAAUUAUUCACGGAAAAAAAUAUUACGAAAACUUCAAAGACCUACAUAAUAUACACGCGUAAUAAAUCACGACGCAUAAUUAACAUUGAUACAAUUUGGUAUCAAAAUGUAAUUUUUCUUCGAUUUGAAUAGGUUUAAAAGGUAUAUACACAUAUUUUAUACAUUCACGUCGUAAAAGAUUAUAAAAAUAAUGAUAUAGAUAACUUACAACACGAAUAUUAUUCGUAUUACGAUAUUCAUACUUUGCACAAGGGGGAGAAAUUCGACCAUAAAUUCAACCACGUUGAAUAUUUUCUCUAGCCUCGUUCAGAGUUGGAUGCAAAUAUUCAAAAAGUAAUUUUUCAAUGCCAAAAAUAAUAUUAUAUUUUACGACUGAUUAUAAGGCCCGUGAUUGAAAGAAUUCUCACCGCGUCGGCAUUUCUCUACGUUAUCUAACGUUAAUGGCCAAAAAAGCGACAGAAACGGUAUAAAUUUGCUAAAACCAUUUGUUUUUCACGCAAUACUCUUCACACCCAAAGGCCAUUGCGCAAAAUUUAUCAAAUAAUCAAGUUUUAUUAUCGUUUGUUCGCCCUGCUGUAAAUUUACUUUAUUUUAAUUCUCUUCACGUAUAACUCAUAUGAUGUAUUUUUAACCGUCGCUGUAGCUGCAAAUAGCUGUGAUUUUUUUUGUAAUUUUUGUUAUUCGUUAUUACUAGUUUCCCAAAUCAGAUAUUUUCUAGUACAUAUUAACCCUAAUCGGUCACUGGGAGUGAAUUUCACGCCAGACAUCUUUCAAACUCCUUGUAAAGUUCAAAAAUAGACUUUCAUCGUUAUUUUUUGUCCAAAAUUAAUAAAAAGAAAAAAAGAAUCCGUACUUUUUUUCGCUUUACCUUAACUUUGCUGACAUUUUACAAUAUUUAAAAAAUCAACUUUGGUUAGAUGCGAGAGCUUUUUCUGCGAUUCUUAACCAGUGACUAGAUAUUUUUAUUUUUUUUUUUACAUUUUUAGAACUCAUUGUUGAAGGAGAAUAUAAUUUUUUUGGAACUGGGGUGAAUUUUACCCCGUGUAACCGUUGUGCGGUUCUACCGAGGUGUGACCUAUUAGGGUUGAAUAUCUUCGUUUUACCGGUAGCUAAUGAUAUACAUAUUUAUUAAACUAUCUAAACGUUAACAACGUGACAAUUUUAACGCGACAGAGAUUUUUCUACCAGUGAUCGCAUUAUUUUAUUAGUUUUAUGUAUAUUAUAUUUAUUUGAUUUUAAUCUCUACAUAUCUUCAUUUUAAUAACGAUUUGCGGUCAAUCAGCAGUUACACGUAUACAGAGUGAAUUACUAAUGAUAGAAUGCUCAGUCGCCCGCUAUAGUUUAAUGCGCAUGCGCCACAAUUCGAAAGCAGUUGUUUGCCAGGGUGAACAACCGUCAUAAAUUUAGACGGCAGUUCGGCGCGACGUAACGUAACUUGAAAAUUUUCGAGGUUACGUUGGUACGAGGUUACGAUGGUUGGUCGCCCUGGCAGACAUCGGCUCUCGGAUUGUAGCACAUGCGCAAUAAACUAUAGCUGAUGACGGACGAUUCUACCGUUAGCAAUUCACUCGGUAUACAUCGGGAAGAAGCGAGCAAAAUGGGCCCCUUAAAGGAAUCUUUAUAUUUUAAGCGUUAUUGAUGUUUUUUGAAGUCCUACUUGAUUAUACAAGGAAUCUAUUUUUCCCGCCUCUCCUCUAUGUAUACAAAAUGAAAAAAACAAAAUGAAACGUACAAAUGUCUUAUUAUUUUAUACAUAUGUAACAUAGAGUUAGGUGGGUUUAUGCCAUAUGAUUUUCAGUGUUGUUUUAUACUGCCCUCAAAUUAUUCCAUAAUUUUUUUUUUUUUUCUUUUAAUAAUAAAAAUUUAUAUGUUCGUAACCCUUUCAUGCAUUAACUUGCAAUUACAAUUUUUUUUGUUGUGCUUAAUUUUCGCGAUAGCAGAAAAUGAAAAAAAUUAAACAAGUCAUUCUAACACCUGAUUUAGGGUAUUCUUGUUCUUUUCAUUAUUUUGUUUCAUUUCCAGGAUGUUUUUGGUUUCUUUAAUCGCAGAAUUUUUGACAUGAAAUAACAAAGUUACGUUGAAAAUGAAAAGAAAAAACGUAUUUGUGUGAAAAAUUGUGUGUUAAAAAUGAAAGGGUUGAAAAAAAGUUGAAAGAAUGAAAAGAAAGAAGCGAGAUCACGGGAAGCAACGAAUCAACUAUUGUAAAUAUCUGAUCCAAUUUAUGUAUAUAGUAUACAUACUAUACUGUAUGAUAUUAGGUGUAAUUUCGAGUUGUGUCAUAGUAAUUUUUAAGAAUAUAUUAUGUAUAUACAUAUAUACCUGACUGUUCAUACUAUCUGCCAUUAUACGAAUUAUAUGAAUAAUAUCUGUAUCUACUAGUUAACAAUAGCAUUUUUCUGUACCACCUAUUGUUCGCUUAUUUAUUAGUAGAAUUAUUUCUACCGUUAAAAAUAGGUAUCGCAUAAAGAUUUAUGAAUUUUUUUCAUUCCGUUGCUCCUGAUCUACUCAUUAACGUUAUAAUUAUGAUUAUGAUUGUUAUUUUAUACCACAAUGUCAGAUUUAUUUCUUGAUCACACUGUGUAUGAAAUCGUGAUGUUUUUUUUUCCAAUUUUGUGAAAGCAAUGUAGAAGGAAACAAAAUAGAUACAAAAAUCAUUGUACCUGA